CGGUACACUGGUUUAAUACAGUGGCCAUUUUCUUCGAGGCGGGCUCUGGCGUUUUAAACCUCUUGUCUUGUGCGCUGUGCUAGGGUUUAAGCUAUCAGCUUCAGAACUAACACGAAUAGGAGUAAGAACAAAUAAAUAUGGCGAGGAGGCCGACAUUGGCCGGGAUGGAAGUUCCGAUCAUCGGAAGCGAUUCCGUCAAAUGGGUCGAGCUCUCCGUCGCCGUCGAUGGUGAUUCUUCUACAACGUACCCCACUCCAUCAUUGCCUUUGGCCCCUAUAACUGAUGAUUGCGCCUCCUGCUCCGUAAUUGGAGAUCCCCCUCUUUAUGUUAUUUGGAGGAUUCACAAGAACCUGCCUCGAGCUAUUGAAUUACUUGAGCUCUCUGCUAAUAAAGAAUUUCCCAGAAUUGGGCUCCGUAUCGCCUUCCCAGAUGCCCUUUGCCCUUUUGCUUAUAUCUGCAAGAACGAGAUAGGUUCGCCUGCAAACCCCUAUUUGCUCUACACAUUGACCAUCUCAGGAGUUGCUUAUGUUUUCAAGCUAAGGAAUGUUUCUGGUUACACUUCCUGCACUGCUUUUCCGCGAAAUGAGGUUAUAGUGUUUAAUUUACAGAGUUAUUUAAAUAAUUCAACAAUAACUAGUGUAGCAGCGACACCUGGAUGCCUUGUUGUCGGAAAAAAUGAUGGGUCUGUUGCUUGUUUCCAACUUGGCUCGCUUGACCAAACUGCUCCCGGUUUUGUGUACGAGCUGCGGAAUGAUUUGGGCAUCAGUCGUUUGUGGGGAUUCGUGUCAAGGGUUCAGAUGUUAGGCUCUGUGCAGGAUUUGGUAAUACAGCAAUUGCAUGGGCUAAAGCUAUUGUUUGGACUUCAUUCUGAUGGGACUUUGCAAGUAUGGGAUUUGUCAUAUCGUGGCAAGAUCUUAAGUCACACCAUGAGCAUUCCAAAUUCAGAAGGUGCAACAUUGCGAAGGUUAUGGGUGGGUGAAGCUACUAAGGAUUCAAGCUUAAUUCCUUUGGCUGUGUUGUACAGACGUACUGUGGAUGUUAGCAUGGAGAUGAUCUACGUUUGUAAGAUUCGCUGUAGUUUGGGGGACAAAAUCAGUUUGUCAGUAGAGUCUACAAUUCAAAAUAUUCUGUUGGAGGAGGGGGAAUGCAUUGAUGUCAAACUUACUUCAGAGAAAAUAUGGAUAUUGAGGGAUAGUGGAUUAUCGGUUCAUAAUUUGUUGCAUACAAAUAACAAUGUGGAAGAAAUGCACUGCUAUGCUUUGCAGGAAGAAUUUGUUGCUGAACAACUCUUUCAAAGUCCUGAACUUUCUUCAGAUGAUCUUCUUUGGAUUAUCCAUUCAAUAUUCUCACAUACGAAGGAUCAUGUGGUGCCAUUUAUCUCUUCUAUAUUUUCACAUAGGCUGCUUCACCAUGGGGUUCAUCACAGUACUAUUUUGCGUGCGACAUUCAUGGAUUACAAUAAGCACUGGACUGACACUGAAUUCCAGUCCUUGACUGUUGGUGGAUUGAAGAAAGAAAUUCAUUCCCUAAUUUACCAUGAGGGUGUAAGUGAAAGUCCAAUGUCAAUAUUUUGUUCCUGGAAGCAUUUCUGCACACGCUAUUUCCAUAAUUGGUGCAAGCACAAUUCACCGUGUGGCUUUUUAGUUCAAUCCUCUGCAAGUGUUAUUGGUUUGGUCAGAAAGAGUUCAGUAACUUUAUUUCGUGAUAUGGAAAAAAUUGAGUUGCUUAUUGAUGGUUCUUCUGAUGAGCUUCUUGAUCCAAUCAGCUUUGGAUUGGAUUUAUACAAUGAUGAAUCUGAACGUGAGAUUCUUAUGGAAGUGCUCAGAUGCAUUAUUAGUGUCAACCAACAAUUGGGAAAAACCGCUUCUGCUAUAUUUUAUGAAUCACUUGUUGGCACAUCAAUUAUCUCAUCUGAAGAAAUUAUUCCUCGCUUACUGAAGAUUCUGGAAACCGGAUGCAGUUCAUUGGUGUCAUCAUUUCAUGUAUCAGAUCUUGGAGGUGAUUUUGCUUUGGAGAAGGAACUGGCAGAUCACAGAAAUCUAAGGAAAUUCUCUAUUAAUUUGUUAUUUUCUCUUCAUGCCUUGUCCAAAAAAGCUGAUUCAUGGGGCAAAAUUUUGGAUGUCAUUGAAAGCUAUCUACAAUUUCUUGUACCCCGGAAGGUCAUGCAAAAAUUAGAUGCUGGAAUGUCAUUUAAUAUCAAUGCUUCAAUUUUGGUCCAAGCUGCUUCCCCAAUUGCAAAGUCGAUGUUUGAUUCUGCAUUUGACAUUCUUCUAUUUGUGAGCUAUCUUCUCAAUAUCAGUGGACAGAUAAAUAUGUCAUCUGAUGAUAUAUCCAGAAUACAACUGGAAUUGAUUCCAAUGAUUCAGGACAUUGUUUUUGGGUGGCUGAUAAUUCAUUUCCUUUGCACCACACCAUCUGAAUCUCCAGCAAUUGAAGAUUUCAGUUCCCAACUCUCACUGUUGCAAAUUGAUGGCAGCACUGAUAAAAGAUCAUGGAAUGAGAGACUGGGCAAAUGUGAUUUUCCAUUGGCUUUUAUACUUUUGCUAAAUAUUCAAAUCUCAUUUGGCGACCCAGAUCAACGUUCUCCACAAUAUCUCCCAAAUCCACAAGACAUUAUUGGUUCAGUGCGAGACUUUACAAGCUGGAUUAUUUGGGGCAAAUCUGGAGAAGAAUCUAAUUUAUUCUUAAAACGUUCAACUGAAAUUGCAUUGAUCCUCCUUAGACAUAGCCAGUAUGAUGCUGUUGAGUACCUUCUAACUAUUGUGGAGGCCAAUUCACAAAGGGAGAAAAUAUUUAGAAGUAUUCAAGAUACUGGCGGUGAUUGGUGUGUACUUCAACAUCUUUUGGGAUGUUGCCUUCUUGCUCAGGCGCGUUAUGGCUUCCAUGGAAUGUUGAAAGAGAGGAAAGUUUGUAAAGCUAUUCGCUGUUUUUUCAGAGCUUCAUCUGGGCAAGGAGCUUCUCAAGCUUUGCAGGAUUUGUCUUAUGAUGCAGGAUUGCCGUAUCUUGGUUUUGGUGAAUUUUUUGGAUAUGGUUGUGUAGCAUCGGCUGCAUGGAAGCUUCAUUACUAUCAAUGGGCAAUGCAGAUAUUUGAGCAAUAUGGCAUUAGUGAAGGUGCUUACCAAUUUGCACUAGCUGCACUUGAGCAAGUAGAUGAAGCUCUUAGUCAGAAAGAUGAUUCUGGUGGGAGAGAUGUGCUCAAUGAAUCAGCCACUGCCAUCAAAGGACGACUUUGGGCGAAUGUCUUCAAGUUUACCUUAGAUCUUAAUCAUUUAUCCGAUGCAUAUUGUGCCAUACUUUCUAAUCCAGAUGAGGAGAGCAAGUACAUCUGCUUGAGGCGUUUCAUAAUAGUUCUCUAUGAGCGUGGAGGGAUGAAGAUACUUUGUGGUGGUCAAAUUCCCUUCAUAGGAUUAGCAGAGAAGAUUGAGCAAGAGCUUGCCUGGAAGGCAGAGCGUUCAGAUAUCUUGACGAAGCCAAACCCAUAUAAGUUGCUCUAUGCAUUUGAAAUGCAUCGGCAUAAUUGGCGAAGGGCAGCAAGUUACAUAUACCAAUAUUCAACUCGCUUGAGAACAGAAUUAGUUUUGAAAGAUCACCAGCAUGUAUCACUGGUGCUGCAAGAGAGGCUGAAUGCGCUUUCUGCUGCUAUCAACGCACUGCAUCUUGUUCGUCCUGCAUGUGCUUGGAUUGAUCCCCUGCUUGAGGGAAAUUCUCUUCAGAUUGAGUGUUAUCCUAGUAAAAAGGCCAAAAAAACAGUCAAGGAACAGCUAGUGGGCGAUGAUGUUCAGCCUCAAAGGCUGCAGUUUUACAUUGAUGUUGAGAAAAUUGAAAAUGAAUUUGUGCUAACUUCAGCGGAAUAUUUGCUGUCAUUAGCAAAUGUCAAAUGGGCAUCCACUGGAAAAGACAAUGCUCCGUCAGAUUUGGUUGAUCUUUUGGUCCAAAAUAACUUAUAUGAUAUGGCAUUUACAGUUCUUUUAAAAUUUUGGAAGGGCUCCGGGUUGAAGAGGGAAUUGGAAAAAGUUUUCUCAGCUAUGUCAUUGAAAUGCUGUUCAAAUAAAAUAGGCUCCUCAUCGGCAGGAAAUGAUUUGAGGAUGCGUGGUCUUUUGUUGACAUCCUCAACGGAAGAUAUGGUUGUUCAUGGUUCGCCUGAUACAGGCCCUAUGCCACAGCAGUCUAGAGGGAAUACCCAAUGGGAAACUCUUGAGCUUUAUCUUGAAAAAUAUAAAGCUUUUCAUACUGGAUUGCCAGCAACUGUUGCUGAAACACUUCUUCGUACAGAUCCUCAGACUGAAUUACCUUUAUGGCUAGUACAUAUGUUCAAGGACUUUCGAAGGGAUAGAACAUGGGGAAUGACUGGCCAAGUAUCGAAUCCUGCAUCUUUGUUCAGACUAUAUGUUGAUUAUGGUCGAUUUACGGAAGCUACAAAUUUGCUGCUCGAGUAUUUGGAAUCGUUUGCGUCAGUGAGACCAUCGGAGCUGAUACUUCGGAAAAGGCCAUUUGCAGCAUGGUUCCCAUACUCGACAAUAGAGCGUCUUUGGUGCCAACUUGAUGAAUUGAUCAAUUUGGGCCACAUGGUGGAUCAAUGUGAUAAGCUUAAAAAACUAUUGCAUGGAGCUUUGCUAAACCAUCUGAAGCUUCUAAAGGUGGACUCGGAUGAUGCAUUAUCUUCUGCUGCCUGUUGAAAAAGUGUUGUGGCAACCUUCAAAAUCAACAAUGAAGAUGGUGAAACUGAGGAUUAAUCUGGAUAGUUAACAGCUGAUGAUUCACUUUUGUUAAGUGUAUAGCUUAGCAUCGGUUUGCUUUCGUUACAUGGCAAUUUUAACAGGAGUAAAGCUGCAAUUCCGAAGUCAAAUAUCCAUACAUAUACAUAUAGCUGAGCGCCUAUCAUUGAAAAAAGAGUAAAAAUGGAGGGACACUCACUGAUCAAAGGAAAGAAGAAAUAUUUUUGCCUAUGUUCUGUAAUGUUGUGGCAAACGUCUGCCAAUUGUGCGGGCCUGAAAUUGACAAGCAGAAACAUUUUUGCUUGCUACCGGCUCGAGUAUAAUAGAGGGAGAGUUGGUAGGGAUAAGUGUACAGAGUAUAGACCAUUCAAGCAGUGUACCUGAUGUCUCAAAGUGUUGAACCCUAGGUUAUCUCUUAUCCCCUCCACUUGUAUGUUACAUUGUGAAUUCUAUGUUUUUGUAUGCUUUACUGAAUAUAUGUAGUUAUUAAUUUGAAUUAUUUGGGUUUAAUAUAACUGGAUCUUGAUUCCAAUUUA